UUUACGCUAUCCUUCACAACAAACCCAAACCUGCCUACUUCUGCUUCUACUUUAAACUGUGGCACGAACCGUAAGGCCAGUGCCCACCAUCUUUACGCACAAAGCGAGUUUUUUUUGCGCAUUUAACACAAGUUCGAAAGAUUGACCGGUGUGCAUCUUAGUGCUUGCAUCUUUAGCUGCUCAAGGUUCGGGACUGGGGACGCGGAGGAGAGUAGCAAAAAAGACGGGUCUUUGAUGCUCCAUCUCGAUCGAGGGCCUGAUUUAUCUGCUAGAAAUCAAGAAAACUUGGACCUUUAGCAGUAGGGGGUUUGGUUGCUCUGAUUAAGCGUAAAGAUUUUCUUGCAACAGUUCUUCCGUGUGCUUUGGACAUGGAGAAGCUGCCGAGAGUUGGAGCCUUGGAGAAGUUGCAGAGCUUUCGGUUGGGGAAGCAAAAGAGUUUUCGAUUGGGAGUUAGACAGCAAAGCUUCAAAGAAAGGAAGAGCAAAAACAGCCCAGGAAAGCGAGGGGAUCUGGAGCUCCAUCUUGCUGCAAGGGCUGGCAACGUAUUGCAUGUGCAGAAGAUUCUUUCAGAUUGUAGUGAGGCCGAGUUGAAGGAUUUGAUUUACAAGCAGAACCAGGAUGGCGAGACCGCACUGUAUGUUGCUGCAGAAAAAGGUCAUGUCGAGGUUGUCCGGGAGAUACUGAAAGUCUCAGACAUUCAAUCAGCUGGGAUCAAGGCAGACAACAGCUACGAUCCAUUUCAUAUAGCUGCUAAGCAAGGGUAUCUUGAAGUUUUGAAGGACCUCUUGCAACCUUUCCCAGCUCUGGCCAUGACAACAAAUUCAUUAAAUUCUACAGCCUUAGACACAGCUGCAACUCAAGGACAUAUUCAUAUUGUUAACCUUCUGUUAGAAACUGAUGCAAGCCUUGCUAAGAUAGCAAAGAAAAAUGGGAAAACAGUUUUACAUUCUGCUGCAAGAAUGGGACAUGUGGAUGUGGUAAAAUUGCUAUUAGAAAAAGAUCCUAGCAUUGGCUUAAGGACUGAUAAGAAGGGGCAGACAGCAUUUCACAUGGCUGCAAAGGGACAAAAUGUUGAAAUGCUGAUGGCAUUGCUGGAGCCUGAUGAAUCAAUAGUUAAUUUGGAGGAUGGCAAGGGGAACAGACCAUUGCAUAUUGCUACAAGGAAGGGUAAUCUAAAGAUUGUGCAAGUUUUGUUGCAAGUUGAAGGAAUUGAGGUCAAUGCAGUGAAUAGAACAGGUGAAACUGCCCUCAGCAUUGCACAAAAAACUGAAAAUGAAGAUAUUGCUGCAAUUUUAACAGAAUUUGGUGCAGUCGUUGCAAAAGAAUCGACAAACACAGCAUCUGCUGCAAAGCAACUGAAGCAAACAGUCAGUGACAUAAAGCAUGAUGUUCAAUCUCAACUUAAGCAAACCCGUCAAACAGUAAUGAGGGUGCAAAAGAUCAAGAAGAGACUUAAGAAGCUACACCUCGGAGGCCUCAAUAACGCCAUCAAUUCAAAUACCGUGGUUGCAGUGCUCAUAGCCACUGUGGCCUUUGCUGCGAUAUUCCAACUUCCAGGGUCUUUUGUCGAUCAAGCUCAACCGAAAUUUACUCUUGGACAAGCCUACAUAGCAGAUAACGCAGCAUUCAUCACAUUUCUGGUCUUCGAUUCUUUGGCUUUAUUCAUCUCACUAGCUGUGGUGGUUGUCCAGACUUCCUUGAUUGUUAUUGAGCAGAAGGCAAAGAGGAGGAUGGUUUUUGUGAUGAACAAGCUUAUGUGGCUGGCUUGCCUCUUUAUAUCGGUCGCCUUCAUCUCUCUAACAUAUAUUGUUGUGGGAAAGCAAGAUCUGUGGCUGGCUUGGUUAACCAUGGCCAUUGGUGCUUCAAUUAUGUUGGCAACUUUGGGAUCUAUGAUCUACUUUGUAAUUGUUCACAGAAUUGAAGAGAAGAACAUGAGAAACAUGAGGAGGAACUCAGAGAGCAGGUCCAUGAUAUCAGUGGCUUCAGACUCAGAAUUACUAAAUAGCGAAUACAAAAAGAUGUAUGCUCUUUAGGAUCUACGUAGAUAUAGUUUAUACUUCUUGUCACUUGAAGGGCUAUUAUGAACCUUAAGUUAUUGGUUUUGUGUACAUGGCUAAGCUCACCAUUGAAACGUCAAACAAAACUUUGGAGUUGACUUUUUUGGCAUCAAAUUCUUCAGAGGUUAAGAACACUGCCCUUGAUGAUCAUUGGAUAAUAAAACUUUGGUGGGAGUUUUAACUCGUUA